AUGAAUCGAGGUCGCCGACGCGGUGGUGGUCCAAGUUUAUCAGGCCUUCGUGAUGGUGUAAAACGCCGUCUAUUUGAUCCUCACUCGGUUCCUAUAAAACCUGACCCUAAGUUUGAGGUCAGUCGUUUGAUUCCUUUCUCCGCCCCUAAAGUUACUAUUAGUUCAUCGUUAAGCGAUUUCAGUGCUAGCAGCAACUCAGAAUUAAUAAAAGACGAAAUCGAUAGUCUGCAGAUGAAUUUGUUUGAACUGACGGCGAAAAUCGAAGCUGCAUUUCGUUCUGGUCCAUUUUAUCACCCAGUCCCAGAGCUAUCAGAAGGGAUCAAUAUUUCUUCUUCAAUAUCCAAUAACAGCUUUAAUCUCAAAAACAAAUCGCAAAACACGGUAUCUCUAUUACAUCUUUUAGUCUCUCAUGAAAUUAAUCAGUGGUCUGACGAAGACGUGAACAUAAAAGAGCCUGAUGAUUUCUAUCCAAAAGAACUGCUUUCCCGAACCCGAACCAACCUGAAAGGUAAUGGGCGUGCUACGCGAAAAUCGAGAUUAGCUUCUCAACGUAGUAAGCAGCAUUAUAGCGUUAUUGAUCAAGUUGUAACUGACCGUUUCAUCCAACAAGUUACUGAAAUCCUCCCAGAAAAUGAUGAAGAUUUAGAGAAAAUAGACGUUAAUAAUAGCGAAGAUGAAGAUGCAAACUCAGAAGAUGCUCGAUGGAAUGGUGAUGCUAAUCAAGAUGGUGAAAUUGAUGAAUUGGAUGAAGAUGAAUUCGAUAAUGAUUAUUGUCAAGAAUAUUUUGAUAAUGGUGAAAAAGAUUUCAGUGACGAUGGUCUUGGUGGUGGAGAUGAUGACGGAGUUGCUAAAUAUUAUGAAUAA